UUCGCUCUGGCGCCGCCGCCUUGCGCGCUCCUGCUCCGCCGCCACGGCCCGGGGGGCUGCCGGUCCCCGGUACCAUGUUUGACGGCGCCCUGCUGCCUCCGCUCGUCCUGCCGGUGCUGCUGCUGCUGGUUUGGGGACUGGACCCGAGCACAGCUGUCGGCGACGCGGCGGCCGACGUGGAGGUGGUACUCCCGCGGCGGGUGCGCCCCGACGACGUGCACCUGCCGCCGCUGCCCGCAGCCCCCGGGCCCCGACGGCGGCGGCGCCCCCGCACGCCCCCCGCCGCCCCGCGCGCCCGGCCCGGAGAGCGCGCCCUGCUGCUGCACCUGCCGGCCUUCGGGCGCGACCUGUACCUGCAGCUGCGCCGCGACCUGCGCUUCCUGUCCCGAGGCUUCGAGGUGGAGGAGGCGGGCGCGGCCGGGCGCCGCGGCCGCCCCGCGGAGCUGUGCUUCUACUCGGGCAGUGUGCUCGGCCACCCUGGCUCCCUCGUCUCGCUCAGCGCCUGCGGCGCCGCCGGCGGCCUGGUUGGCCUCAUUCAACUUGGGCAGGAGCAGGUGCUAAUCCAGCCCCUCAACAACUCCCAGGCUCCAUUCAGCGGACGGGAGCAUCUGAUCAGGCGCAAAUGGUCCUUGACCCCCAGCCCUUCUGCCGAGGCCCAGAGACCUGGGCAGCUCUGCACGGUUCUAACAGAAAAGAAACCGAAGCGCAGCAGGGCUUCCCAAGACUGGCGGGAGCGGAGGAACGCCAUCCAACUCACCAGCGAGCACACGGUGGAGACCCUGGUGGUGGCCGAUGCCGACAUGGUGCAGUACCACGGGGCUGAGGCCGCCCAGAGGUUCAUCCUGACCGUCAUGAACAUGGUGUACAAUAUGUUUCAGCACCAGAGCCUGGGGAUUAAAAUUAAUAUUCAAGUGACCAAGCUUGUCCUGCUACAACAACGUCCGGCUAAGUUGCACAUUGGGCACCAUGGUGAGCGGUCCCUGGAGAGCUUCUGUCACUGGCAGAACGAGGAGUAUGGAGGAGCGCGGUACCUCGGCAGCAACCAGGUUCCCGGCGGGAAGGACGACCCACCGCUGGUGGACGCUGCUGUGUUUGUGACCAGGACGGAUUUCUGUGUACAGAAAGAUGAACCAUGUGACACUGUUGGAAUUGCUUACUUAGGAGGUGUGUGCAGUGCUAAGAGGAAGUGUGUGCUUGCCGAAGACAAUGGUCUCAAUUUGGCCUUUACCAUCGCCCAUGAGCUGGGCCACAACUUGGGCAUGAACCACGACGAUGACCACUCAUCCUGCACUGGCAAGCCCCACAUCAUGUCAGGAGAGUGGGUGAAAGGCCGGAACCCCAGUGACCUCUCCUGGUCCUCCUGCAGCCGAGACGACCUUGAAAACUUUCUCAAGUCACAAGUCAGCACCUGCUUGCUGGUCACCGACGCCAGAAGCCAGCACAGGGUCCGCCUCCCACACAAGCUGCCGGGCAUGCACUACAGUGCCGACGAGCAGUGCCAGAUCCUGUUCGGCACCAAUGCCACCUUCUGCAGAAACAAGGAGCAUCUGAUGUGCGCUGGACUGUGGUGCCUGGUAGAAGGAGACGCCUCCUGCAAGACCAAGCUGGACCCUCCCCUGGAUGGCACCGAGUGUGGGGCAGACAAGUGGUGCCGUGCAGGGGACUGCGUGAGCAAGACGCCCAUCCCGGAGCACGUGGACGGAGACUGGAGCCCGUGGGGUGUCUGGAGCAUGUGCAGCCGAACUUGUGGGACGGGAGCCCGCUUCCGGCAGAGGAAAUGUGACAACCCCCCCCCUGGGCCUGGAGGUGCACACUGCCUGGGUGCCAGUGUGGAGCAUGCGGUCUGCGAGAACCUGCCCUGCCCCAAGGGUCUGCCUAGCUUCCGGGACCAGCAGUGCCAGGCGCACGACCGGCUGAGCAGCAAGAAGAAGGGCCUGCUGACUGCCGUGGUGGUUGAUGAUAAGCCGUGCGAACUCUACUGUUCGCCCCUCGGGAAGGAGUCCCCACUGCUGGUGGCUGACAGGGUCCUGGACGGCACACCCUGCGGACCCUACGAGACUGACCUUUGCGUGCACGGCAAGUGCCAGAAAAUCGGCUGUGAUGGCAUCAUUGGGUCUGCGGCCAAAGAGGACCGAUGCGGGGUCUGCAGCGGGGACGGCAAGACCUGCCACGUGGUGAAGGGCGACUUCAGCCACACCCGGGGGACAACAGGUUAUAUCGAAGCUGCUGUCAUUCCCGCUGGAGCUCGGAGGAUCCGUGUGGUAGAGGACAAACCUGCCCACAGCUUUCUGGCUCUCAAAGACUCUGGUAAGGGAUCCAUCAACAGUGACUGGAAGAUAGAGCUCCCCGGAGAGUUCCAGAUUGCAGGCACAACUGUCCGCUACGUCAGAAGGGGGCUGUGGGAGAAGAUUUCUGCCAAGGGCCCAACCAGACUACCGCUGCACUUGAUGGUGCUGUUAUUUCACGAGCAAGACUCUGGAAUUCAUUAUGAAUACACUGUUCCCGUAAACUACACUGCUGAAAAUCAGAGUGAACCAGAAAAAUCACAGGACUCUCUGUUCAUCUGGACCCACAGCGGCUGGGAAGGGUGCAGCGUGCAGUGCGGAGGAGGGGAACGCAAAACCAUCGUCUCUUGCACCCGGAUUGUCAACAAGACUACAACUCUGGUGAAUGACAGUGACUGCCCUCAAGCAAGCCGCCCAGAGCCCCAGGUCCGAAGGUGCAACUUGCACCCCUGCCAGUCACGGUGGGUGGCAGGCCCAUGGAGCUCCUGCUCAGCGACCUGUGAGAAAGGCUUCCAGCACCGAGAGGUGACCUGCGUGUACCAGCUGCAGAACGGCACACACGUCGCCACGCGGCCCCUCUACUGCCCAGGCCCCCGGCCAGCGCCAGUGCAGAGCUGCGAAGGCCAGGACUGCCUGUCCAUCUGGGAGGCGUCUGAGUGGUCACAGUGUUCCGCCAACUGUGGUAAAGGGGCGCGGAAGCGGACCGUGACGUGCACCAACUCACAAGGGAAGUGCGACGCAUCCACGAGGCCCAGAGCCGAGGAGGCCUGCGAGGACUACUCAGGCUGCUACGAGUGGAGAACCGGGGACUGGUCCACGUGCUCGUCGACCUGCGGGAAGGGGCUGCAGUCCCGCGUGGUGCAGUGCAUGCACAAGGUCACGGGGCGCCACGGCAGCGAGUGCCCCGCCCUUUCGAAGCCCGCCCCCUACAGACAGUGCUACCAGGAGGUCUGCAACGACAGAAUCAACGCCAACACCAUCACCUCCCCCCGCCUUGCUGCUCUGACCUACAAAUGCACGCGAGACCAAUGGACCGUGUACUGCCGGGUCAUCCGAGAAAAGAACCUCUGCCAGGACAUGCGGUGGUACCAGCGCUGCUGCCAGACCUGCAGGGACUUUUACGCAAACAAGAUGCGCCAGCCACUGCCGAGCUCGUGACGCGCAGCCCGGGGGUCGCUCAAAGCUCAGACUCAAGGUCUGAAGCCUGGUACCCAGAGCACGGAAAGCCCACCGUCCCCACCCCCCAGCGCACCAGCCCUGCGGCCACGCCUCCACAAGGCUGCCCCAAGAAUCCAACCACCUAGAACAUGAGCAUGGACUUG